UGAAUGGGUCUUUAUUCUGGUGAAUGUGUAUUUAUUGUAGUCUGGGUUUUUAAGAACAAGCAUGUGUGACCCAUUUUUGGGAGCUGUUUUGAUUGACAUGACACAUCUGAGGGAAUGAUGCAUUUCCUAAUCAGUGAAAACAGGUUUGGAGUCAAUCCAAAUUGAAGUGUGACAGAGGUGAGAGAUGCACUCAUGAACUUUGUGCUAACAGGAUGUGUGUGUGUGUGGGCAGUGUGGCUGAUUGUUAUUGUAAAGAUAAUAAUAUAUGUGUGUGUAUUUAUAUAAAAGAUCCAUGACAUUACUGUGUUUUUUGCUAAUUGCUUAUGUUUCGGCAUUAAAUGUUAAUUGGUAUAAACUGAGCAUGCUUAAGAAUUCUGGUGGCAGCCAGUCAAACCCAAUUUGACCCAAAGGAGCCUAAAAUAUGCUAAAUAUGAUCUAGUUAUGUGCAAUAAUGCAUGUUCAUAUAAACCGAUUGCAAAACCAACACCACGGUUAACUGUAAAAUUAUGUGUCUUCAAAGUGCAUCCACAAAUGUUAGUGAUCAGUGAAUUUUCUUUCCAUUUCCAGGUUAAAGUAAGAUUUUCGAAGUGUCUGACAUAACCAUACCAGCUCUGUAUUAUCUAUUGGUUUCUUUGAUUUACAGGAUUCCAUUAGAAUCACAUGGUGGCAUUCUAGUAAAACCACAUGGAGAAUAUCACUUCAGCAAAAAGGUACAAAGCUGUAACUGGGGUGGGAUCAGUACAAAAGUAGCUAAAAGAUACCCCUAAAGAUUCUGCCCCUAAAAAAACAACAACACCCUUGCUUUGUGUAUUGCAUUAGGCUAACUGAGACUUUUUAUAACACUUGCAUUUUAUUGUUCUUUAGUUGAUUUGAUUGAAGUCUGCUGGAUAAGUGUCUGCUAAAUGACUAAAUGUAAAUGGUACAUAUUUGUAUUUUAAGUGUACAUAUUAGCACCUUUUGAAAGGAUGCCGCUUCCAUUGACAGUUUUGUAACUUUUCUCUGAGAGAGCAUGGGUUGAAAAGACAGAUAUACUAAUUCCACUAUUGUAUGCCAUUCAUUUACCUUGAGCUUGUGUUCUUGAACCUGUUAGCACUCGUGCAUAAGAAUGUUACGGCCUCCAUUUUCCUUUCAGCCCCUGACACAGUUAGCAAUAAAAGCUAAUCAUCUUCAGACAGGUGAAGGUUCAGCCCUGAGAAAGGAGGACGAAUGCCAACUCAUUUUUCACUAUAACAGCAACAAAGGUAUUUAAAUCACUUAGAAAUAUGUGAACAUUGCUGCAUGAAAACACCAUGUCUUUUUGUAUCAGCUAUCAACAUGAUCCGGUAAUUAUUUGACUGACAAGACGAAAUGUUGCAUCAGGUCUAUGAAAACGUCUGAAGUGACUCCAAAUUGAAGUGUUGCAGAGCUGUCUAAAACCUACGGGAACAUAUUCCAAGUGUUUCUUGGUUCCAAAAAAACGGUGGUCUUAGUUGGAUACAAAACCGUCAAAGAAGCUCUAGUGAACCAGGCUGAAGAGUUCGGUGAGAGAGAUAUUGGAGCUAGUUUCAGGAUAAUGAAUGAUGAGCAUGGGAAACCCUUCGACACGACACAGCCUGUGAACUACGCCGUGUCAAACAUCAUCUCAUCUAUCGUGUACGGCAGCAGAUUUGAAUACACAGACCCUCAGUUCACUGAAAUGGUUGACAGAGCAAACGAAAACGUUCGGGUUGGUGGAUCGACUUCAAUGAUGCUGUACAACAUAUUUCCAUGGUUGGGUCCAUUCCUGAAAAACAAAAAGAUUAUUAUACACAAUAUUCUGCAAAACAGACAACAGAUGAUGAAUUUGAUCAAUGGGCUUCUGGAUACUCUGAAUCCACACGAUCGCAGAGGAUUUGUUGACUCUUUUCUCAUCCGUAAACAGAGCGAAGAGAAAUCUGGCAAGAAAGACUCGUACUUUCACCAGGACAAUCUUAUAAUGAGUGUGACAAAUCUCUUUGUUGCUGGUACUGACACCACAGGAACGACUCUGCGCUGGGGUUUGAUGCUCAUGGCCAAAUAUCCUCAUAUACAGGAUCGAGUUCAGGAGGAGAUUGACAGAGUGAUCGGUGGACGUCAGCCAGUGGUGGAAGACAGAAAGAAAUUACCAUACACAGAUGCUGUGAUCCAUGAAACUCAAAGACUGGCAAACAUAGUACCCUUGAGUCUACCACAUGUCACCACCUGUGAUGUUACCUUCAAUGGAUACUUCAUCAAGAAGGGCACCACUGUAAUUCCUCUGCUGAUGUCAGUUCUGAAGGAUCCAAGCGAAUGGGAAAAACCAAACAGUUUUUACCCAGAACACUUCCUUGAUGAGAAGGGCCAGUUUGUCAAAAGAGAUGCUUUCAUGCCCUUUUCUGCAGGACGCAGGGUUUGUCUCGGAGAGAGUUUGGCCAGGAUGGAGCUCUUCCUGUUCUUCACCUCACUUCUUCAGAGCUACCGCUUCACAACUCCACCUGGAGUAUCUGGAGAUGAGCUGGAUCUCAAAGGAGUAGUAGGAAUAACUUUGAAUCCAUCCCCACACAAGCUGUGUGCGAUCAGACGCUCAUGAUUCAAGAAAAUAAAAUCAGAAAACACAGAAACAACCUCAUUGUAGCAUUUUUUUUUUACACUCAUUUUACAGUGCUUGUUCUUCUGAGUAAAUGCAUAUACAUGUAAAAAAAAAUUGGGGAUUAUAGAACUUCUUAGACAAUUGUAGUAAUGGAAAAUAAACUUUCUGUGCUGCUAGAUUAUAAAUCAAUAAUUGAUGUAACUUAUUGUACAGAGAAAUAAAAAUUAUUUUAAUUUGUGUUUAAAUAGAGCACAAUUGCAACCUUCCUGUGCCUAGUGGAAAGAAGCACGAGGGCUCUUAUACAGAGCUUGUGCAAAGAGCAUUUGCAUGGAAGCAUCACGUGUUUUAUCUCACAAAUAAAAUCUUUUGAAGCAAGCAUUGUAUUUAGCAUAUUAUUGUAUAAAGUGAUGUAAGAGCUCUUCUUUAUUUUCAGCAUAUUGCAAUUUAAUUGAGGUCCUUUCACACGUGCUGGGAAGAAAUCAAAAUGGAUACAGUUUCAGCCUAGUUUUACUGUCCACCGAUCCUGUUCCACAAUGCUUCUGUGCUUAAAUG